AUGCGAUCUGAUGUGGGAGCUGCAUCUGUCUCCACCCCUAUUCGAUCUCUCUCUUCGAGGACCCGCUCCAGCGUUGCCUUUGCGAAAUCGGCCUUUUCCCCCCACAAUAACGGUCAAUAUGUUGAACUUGAUGACUUUGGCGUCGCGACCAGUCCAAUUGAAAACGAGGUGAAUCAUGAUCAUGAUCGCUAUGUCUCGCCGCCCAAACGUCGCAGCAAAAUAUACAUCCCGCACACCUUGUGGACACGUCUUUUCGCUAUCACGGGAAUUAUUGAGACACUAGGCACUGUUGGCAUUGAGAGUUGGAUCUUCAUUAGCAUCUCAAAACAUUUCGACGACACUGGCGAGGAAGAUGCGACGCUGCGCCUUCGGUCUUUCCUGGGUCUUUACAUUUUCGCCUUAUUUUAUGAGCUUGCGCUGAGUUAUGACGCGCUGCGACGAAAGAAUACCUUCCAAUUGAUCGGCCUUUGCAUUUGUAACCUGGGCUUGCUGGUCUAUGGUAUUAUUCAGACGAAGGAGGUUAAGGAUACGCUUUCCAGCCUGAGCGGGAGCACCGUCAACGCGGAUCACCUUUGGGUGCAAUACCGGAUUGCCUUGAUCCUAGUACCAGUGGUCCUAGGAGUUGGCACUAUCUGUAUGUCAGUUGUGACGUGGAAACUGCGCGCCGAAUUCUCUUGGACUAUUUACAAGAGUAUCAGUGCAGAUUUGCAGAUGAGUUGGCGAUAUACGACAUAUCAGGUAUAUAUUGCGCUCUUGAAAUUCGAUUUCUUUUUCAUUUUUGGUACGCAGCUUCAAGUGUUGCUCGCCCUGAAAGAUUACACCGACGAGGAGUUCAUCAUCGAAGCGGCUAUGAUACCCAUUGCCAUCGUCAGCCUAAUGCUAGCUGCUCGCUUCUGCCGACUAGAAAAGACUAAGUCUCUAGUCUGUGUGAUGCUUCUCUUUAUUGUGCUCAUUGCCACUUUUGUCCUCACUGUGUUGAGAGUGUUCAGCGGCAAAGAUAGCGGCCAGUUGACCAGCUACCGAGUUUCCUUGACCUUAUUCGCCACAUUGGCAAUCCUCCUUCUGGCCGGCACGAUCGUUAAUUCUGUGAUGUGCAUUUGUAAUUUCAGAAAAGGACUCAAGGAGCACAUCAACAAUGCCAGAAAGCAGACGCCGGCUGCAGAUCCGGAAAAUGCCUGGACGGAAGACACGAAAUCACGAUUUGUAUUAAAUUAA